GACCCCUCCUGGGACCCUGCGGGGAGAGCGCUCCCCGCUGAGCUGCGGCCCGCGCCCCCGGUGCGCGCCAGCAGCGCUGGCGGCGCUGGCGGGGUCCCUGCCCCAGGGGCGGCCGACCUCGCGGGCGGCGGCGCAGGUGGCCUGGCCGGCUCCGCCGCGGGCCCCCACGGCAGCGCCAGCGCGGGCGCUGGUAGCGGCGGGGGCCUCCAGGGCGGCGCUGGCGGCGUGGCUGCGGGGGCGGCGCCGACGGCAGGGCCCGCGAAGGGCGGGGGCAGGUACAGGAUCUUCACUUAUUGGAACUACCCGACGGGUGCCAACCCCCUCGUCCACCUGAACAUCGACUCCUGGAGGGCGCACUCACCGCCGGACACCGAGG